UGGGAGGUCUGGUGGUGGUGGAGAUUAUGCGUGCUGAAUCUGUUUAUGUAGCUAAAAUUUGCUCCAUGGAGUUGUUAGACAUUGAGGAUUUGUUUAGGGAUUAAGGUUUAUUUGGAUUCCUGUAGUGGUGGUAGAGAGCAGAGAGUUGGUGGUUCUGGUUAACCAGAACCAGUCAAGCAGAAGACCAGAACCUCUUUAGUAAUGGAGUUGUGGGACUUGAGCCAAUCUGGGUUUCAUCUUUCAAGUAUUGGUUGGGCUACUGUGUGACAGGUCGCACAAGAUCACGAUCAGAGAUUGUUGAUCCAAAAGUCCACUGUCCACCUAAGAAUUAUACAGAAGAAGGGUAAAAGACCAUCCAUCCGAUUCUGCUGGGCCCAGAUGGAUGGCUUAGAUUAUCGUCGAGAUGCCGGGAAGGCGGGAACUUGUUCAAGGAAUAACUGGUUCGGGUUCUCAUGGUCUGUUGUAACUGUUGUUCUUGGAAAGCAGAGGGAAACAAUACGCUAUAAAGCUUAUAAUAAUUUGCAGUAAAGCAAAUAAUGGAGCAGCGUUCACUAAUCUCUGUCUGUAAGUUGCUCUCCAAAUACCCUUUUCGACGAUCUCCACGACCCACAUAUUCGUUUCUCCCCAGAUCGUCUGCAGAAAUCUUAGAAGGGUGUCUCGGCGACUCAAUUCCAUUGCCCGAAACGAAGAUUUUCAGUUCGCCCGCGUCGAAAUUUCACUCUUUUCCACGCUCAAUUGCUUUAAACCCAUCGACCCAGUUAAGAAUCCGUGUAGGUUUAAGGAAAUUCAGUGGUGAAUCUGCGUCGAGUGCUGAUUACAGCAAAGAGGCCGGUGAAAUUAAUCUCAAGUUUGCAGAAGCUCGGGAAGAGAUCGAGAUGGCCUUGGAAUCGAAGGAGACGGUUUAUUUCAACGAAGAGGCGGACAGUGCUAGGGCAGCUGUGAAGGCUGUCCUGGACAUGUUCGAGGGUUUAAUGGCGAAGUUGCCCGAGAACGAGAAGGGGGCGUUACAGAGAUCGAUGGGGUUAAAGAUUGAGCAAUUGAAGGCUGAGUUGGAACAACUGAACGAUUGAGGAGGUUCUUCAAUUUGGUGCCUGACCCAAACUAGUUUAGGCUCAAUUCUUAUGGCAUUUUCUGUUACUUUGCUUCUGAGAGGAGGAAGAGGGAAUUAGUUUUAGGCUUUAGAAUGAUGGAUUUCUUUGGCAAUCACUCCAUGUUAGAGUGUAUCAGAUAUCAUAUUAAAUUGAUGCUUCAGUAAUAUACAGAAUUUUAAACUUCAAUAAUCUAAAUGCUGCUUUAGAUGGAA